UAAAGUUUAAACCACUUUUGUUGCUUUGGCAUAUUUGUGAAAUUAGCAAGGAAGCUCGAAUUUUGUUGACUGAAAAAUGUGUUGCAGUUUUGUUCAGUUGUGACUUGCAGUGGUGUCUCGUCUAGUAGCCUAUACAAAGAAAAGAAGUUUACUUGAUUUUUAAAAACACUCGGAAAAUGUUAAUUCUAUCGACAUGUUUUUCAACAUUGAUAUGCCUACGCUAGUCAGCUAUACCCUUCCAUUGUUCUUUUGGUUACUGUACCGUUGCACAGUGUAGUUCUCAAAUUUUUUUCUUAUUCAUUUUUUAUACUUAAUUAAUCCACAUCUGACUGGACUUUCGCUGGUUUUAUGUGUUAGGGCGCCCCACCGAUCAGACAUUUAGUGUAUUUUCUCUUGGUGGUAGCCAACGUGUACACUUUUAGACAAAUGUAAAUGAAUACGGGACUUAUAGACAGACAAAAGAAGACUUCGUAGGGGGUAUCUGUACACAAACAGGCUAAUACACAAAUCAUCCAAAAUCCCCCCAUCGUCCCUCACCAUAGCGACGUCCCGUCAACAAUAAUAACAAAAAUGCUGAUACAGUUUAGCACAUAGGGACAAGUAACAGGCGGUUCGCCGUCCCCGUCCUCAAUCCCCCUUUUCUCAUUCAGGGGACGCACACGGGGAGCGAGCUUCAUUCAUGCGCUUCAUCGAACCGAGCGGGCUGUUGUGCAGACGUUUCACCACAAAUACCAACUGUGUUCUAAAAUAAUUAUGCAUGCAUUGUUUUUAUAUAAAUAUUGAAUAAUAUGUAUAGCCUAUUGUGCCCUUGGUAUGCUCGUUGUGGCUACAUUUGUUUGCAAAGGAACGUGUACUAUUAACGGGAGCAUCUUGGUAGCAUUAUGUACUUGAAGACGGGGUUGACAGCCUUUGCGACUGGACGUGAUAAGAAAAUCGAUUCUAGAAGCCAGAUGAAGUCCGUGCUCAGAGAUCAUGCAGCGAAAUCAGAACCGUUUUAACGCCAAACAGCGUCUCGUGCUAAAGGAUAAAUGCCCUUGCGUGAAGUGAUUCGAACGAAGAAAAGGAUUCCAUGUCUUUCUUGGACUGCUCCUGCAUCUCCCAAACCCAGGUCCAGUCCAUCUCCAUAGAGGACCAGUAUGAGGAUGUCAGCCACCAGUACUUGAGCGGCGAUCUCUCCGCGAGCGCUCCGCGCAAGGCCGCCGCCCGAGAUGACAUGGCCGACCUCUCCGCCGACGCCGCGCAUUACCAGCUGCUGCUGGAGCUGGGUCGCGGCUUCAACAACCUGAGCCAGGUGUGCAUGGCGCGGCACGUGCCCUCCGGCAGGCUGGUGGCGCUGAAGAGCACGGACCUGGACCAGUGCACCGAGGACGAGCUGCUGCAGCUGCUGAACGAGGUGCUGCUCUCCCGGCUCUUCCUGCACCCCAACCUGCUGACCUCCCGCCUGGUGUUCGGCCGCUCCUGCCAGCUGUGGGUCCUCACGCCGCUCAUGAGCUACGGUUCUGCUGAUGCUCUGCUCAGGACCUAUUUCCCUGAUGGGAUGAGUGAGUCUCUCAUUGCGUACCUGCUGCACGGUGUCCUGAAGGCUCUGGAGUACCUGCAUCACAUGGGCUAUGUGCACAGGGGUGUGAAAGCGAGCCACAUCCUGCUGUCAGGUGAGGGCCACGUGUACCUGUCCGGCCUCCACAGCCUCUACAGCAUGGUGCGUGACGGCAAGAGAGUGAGAACCGUGUUCGACAUGCCCCAACACAGCCCCGCCCUGCUACCCUGGCUCAGCCCUGAGCUGCUCAGACAGGACCUACAUGGAUACGGAGAGAAGUCAGAUAUCUACAGUCUGGGGAUUGUCGUCUGUGAGCUGGUCAGUGGAAGGGUGCCCUUCCAGAAUAUGCACCCUACUCAGAUGCUGUUACAGAAGCUGCGGGGGUCUCACUGCUGCCUGCUGGACGUGACCCCUUUCCCCUUGGGGGAGCUGGGGGGGCUGAAGGUGUCCCGGUCCGGGGUGGACUCCGGCAUCGGGGAGAGCGUGGCGACGGGGAGCCUGACCCGAACCGCCACCACCGAGCGCCCCCAAAGCCCCGCCCCCAAGAACCACUCCGCCACCCUCCACAACCUGGUCGAGGUGUGUCUGCAGCCGCAGCCGGACCGCAGGCCCUCUGCCUCAGCACUGUUGACUCAUGCCUUCUUCAGACAGGUUAAGAGACACACGCGAGACUCCUUCCUCAGCCUGAUGUAUCCUGCCGUACCCUUCUCCAGCCCCCAGGACACGCCCAUAUCCUGUCCCCCCGCCCCCUCUUGCCACAGCCCCUCCCCCCCUGUGGACUCGGAGGAAAGCAUGUGGGACUUCUCCUAGCAACCCCACCUCCAUCUCCCCUCCCUCUCCCCCACCUCGGCCAGCCACCUCUACUUCAGGAAAAUCACACAGGAAGCCCAAACAUGAUGCAGCGUUCUAUUUCCACUUUUUUUCUCGGAUCAACUUUUCUAUUGUUUUGUAAACAUGCGCACCCACGGUGGCUGAUUGGGUGAGACCUGCACAGGUGCUCUACCUGCGUGUAGCUGCUUUUCACACCUGAGCUGUGAUUAACCCACUGCCAACAAGUGUCCUUCAGUUUGGCCUCCUCCAGCCAUUUCAUUUAUAACGCGCGUCCCUGACAGUGGACAGUGGGCACAGGGCAGUUCGAAAGUGCAGUACGUGUGAAAGAUUGUGAAGUCGGUGCCGUUGUCACCAUGAGGUAUACUGGGAGCCCGGAGCUGUUAUUUAAGUUCAUGUUCACAAUGCAGACAUGUACUCAACAUGGUUGAACAUUGGCUUAAUGACAGCUAACAUUCGAGAACAUAAUCAGACUUUUAAAAAAAUUUUUUUUAACCUGUUCACCACAAAUGAUCGCUAACGUAACCCAACAGUCUGUAAAGGUAUGUAACACAAAUGGCUACCAAAGGGGAAGACACCAAGAAAAUGAGUAAGUUGACAAUCAUUUGGCUGUUCAAAAAUCAUUUUAAUAAAUGUACUAUUUGGUUCUAACUUUUAAAAACAAUCCCUGGGUAAUCCACAGUGAAAAAAUCACUUUUUUGGAAACAAAAUAGAAGCUUCAAUUUGAAAUCACCGGUUAGCGCCUUGUUGAAUGCAGGGUCUCUCUUCGGUGUCUCACUGUCCAAAUUAAACUAAUUCCUCAUUUUUGUCUGGAUUUUAGUUAGUAUGUCCUGGAACGCAA